CCUUGUCAUCUUGCCCCACAGAUCUACCGAAGGUGCUGGCUAGUGUUCCGGAAAUCCUCCAGCAAGGGGCCCCAGCGGCUGGAGAAGUAUCCGGAUGAGAAGUCAGUGUGCCUCCGAGGCUGCCCCAAGGUGACCGAGAUCAGUAAUGUCAAGUGUGUCACACGGCUCCCCAAGGAGACCAAGAGGCAGGCGGUGGCCAUCAUAUUCACUGAUGACUCAGCCCGCACCUUCACCUGCGACUCAGAGCUGGAGGCAGAGGAGUGGUACAAGACCCUGUCUGUGGAGUGUCUGGGGUCGCGGCUCAACGACAUCAGUCUGGGAGAGCCGGACCUCCUGGCCCCAGGAGUGCAGUGUGAACAGACAGAUCGCUUUAACGUCUUCCUGCUGCCCUGCCCCAACCUGGAUGUAUAUGGCGAGUGCAAGCUGCAGAUCACCCACGAGAACAUCUACCUCUGGGACAUACACAACCCUCGCGUGAAGCUCGUCUCGUGGCCCCUCUGCUCACUGCGCCGCUACGGCCGGGACACCACACGCUUUACCUUUGAGGCUGGCCGGAUGUGUGAUGCUGGGGAAGGGCUCUACACCUUCCAGACACAGGAAGGGGAACAGAUUUACCAGCGGGUCCACAGUGCCACCCUGGCCAUUGCCGAGCAGCACAAGCGGGUUCUGCUAGAAAUGGAGAAGAACGCAAGGCUGCUGAACAAGGGCACGGAACAUUAUUCCUACCCCUGCACGCCCACUACCAUGCUGCCCCGCAGUGCCUACUGGCACCACAUCACGGGCUCCCAGAACAUUGCCGAGGCCUCCAGCUAUGCCGGUGAGUCCCUGCAGUGCCCCACGGCCACCUGCCACGAGGCUCUGUGGAAGACAAGGCCUUCUGGGCAGGGGUCUUUCGACCUGGACCAGAGUCCUGAGCCUGCCUCUGUGUCCACAGGUGAGGGGUAUGGGGCAGCCCAGGCCAGCUCAGAAACGGACCUCCUCAACAAAUUCAUCCUGCUAAAGCCAAAGUCCAGCCAGGGGGACAGCAGUGAGGCCAAGACCCCAGCCCAGUGACAGCAGGGCUGGCGUGCACCGAUGACUACUGGGGCUGCCUGCUGUGGGGCUGCCUGCAGCGUACUGUAGAUAGCCUCAAGGGGCUGUUGGCCAAGAGCCUGGAGAAAGGGAGCAAGCUGUCCCUUCCUUGCCCCCAUGGGUGAGGCUGGACCAAGGCAAAGGGCUGGCCACACUACCUGAGCAUGUGAGGGGCCGGAGCUACCAUGGGACUAUAUACUGUUCAUGAUUUUAAUAUAUAUGGCUUAUGACAUAUUCUAUAUUAAUGAGAUUUCCCCUCAUCCCUCCCUGCCACCACAUACACAUUUUUCAAUCCCAUGACCAGGCCACAAUCAAGGCGGGUUUUGAAUGUCCUCCGUGGUACAGCCCUCCCACUGCCAGGACUCGCUCGAGCUGCCAGGGCCAGAGGGAGACAAUCAGAACUCAAGGCUGGCGCGCUGACAGUGGGCUUUCCCCAGGCAGCCCAAGGGCUAAGACAGCAGGUGGCUUCUCAGUUCCUCUGGGCCUAGAGUGGCACAGGAAGGAUCCGAACUUACACCGUGCCACUCGGUGACAACUGGUUGACACCUCAGGUGAAAAAUCUGGUUUGAAAAAGAAAAUUUCUGCCCAGGCUCCUUCUGCUUCGUAGGCUGAGAAGAUAACCUGUGGGCAGGAGUGCUGGCAACCUCAGCCAGGGGAGGACGGCCAGUCCCAGCUCUCCCCUGCCCCAGGGUCAGGCCAGGAGGGAAGGCUGCAGGACUGCUGUGGGGAGCUCCCCUGCUGCCCCCUCUCACUGACCUGGGAUGGCCAGUGCCCCUGCAGAGGGGCCCCUCUCUGUUUGGCCACCCUCUGGCCAGAAAGCACUCAGAAACCAGCCCUUCCAUUUCCUCCUCCCCACAUGGUGCUGAGGCUCCCCGCUGAAAUGCAAUUAAAGCAAUUGAUUUUCUAGUGCUGGUAUUUAUUGACUACUGGGCAGAAGGGCUAUCUUUCUAUCCACAUCAAACCUUUGGUUGUGUGUAUGGUUUUGUUUUUUAAAAAAUACUUUAGGGUUCUGAUUUGUGGGAACAGACCUUGUUACCUUGAUGUAAAUAACCACUAUUCAAGUUAUGGCAGGAGGGUGAUAAAGCAGGAGGCCCCUCCAGCAGAGCCGUGGAGCCAGGGAGGUGGCCACAGCCAGCUCAGCUCUGAACCUGACCCAGGGGAUGACCACCAGAGAAAUAAGCUAGCCUGAGAAGAGAGCCUGGCCCAAGGCCUUGGAGACGGAGGCAGAGCUGGCUGGCUCAGCUAGUGGCACGAUGACGCAUGAAGGAGAUUAUGUUGUGCUCUUUAUUGCCAAAAAUAAAAACUCUGUUAAUAAAUA